UCUAAUUCUCUUCAUAUGUUUUUCUCUAUAGAGUAGCAAUUAGAACUUCAAUCUUCAAUUUCAUUUCCAUUACCAUUGUUUCCGAUUCACAAAGUUGACUUUUUUGUCUUUGGUUUAAGCUUUAGUCACUUAUUUCCAAACACAAAUGCUACAGAGUUUUAUUAGCUUCUUCCAAUAUUCUUCAGUUGGGUGUACUAAAGUUUUGAAAUUUCUUUGUUUUAACAUUGAAAGUUUAUGUUUUGAUCUAUGAUGAUGAAUGUGUUAUAACUCUGUAUCUGUUUAUGUCGAUUCUAUGUGGUUGUUGCCCUCUUUUAGAAUGUGUUUACUGUCUUGGUUGUGCUCGUUGGGGUUAUAAACGUUGUCUCAAAUCAUUCAAGAUCUUAUUUAUUCUUUUGAUUCCUUCUAUAGACUCUUCUUCCUCAAAUCUUAUAUUUUUCCACAUUUUAUGUAGGAUGGAUGGGCGUGCGAAUAAUGCGUUCACCGUGGACGUUACAUGCUUUUCUCAGGCUGUAGAGUUUUACACCAAUUUGUUUGCGGCAACCCCGACUCGUCGUCCUCGUGCUCGUCAGGUCGAGCUCAAGCUAUCGCACUCUUCCACCGCAGUCUUUCAUACCGGAGCACCGUUUCCCACUGCUGGGAUCAUUAUUGAAACUCCUAACUUGGAUGCUGCCAUCGAUACAAUCGUGAAUGUCGGAGCGGUGGUUGACUUAGAAGCGCUCGAAGCUCCCAAUGGGUACAAAUUCAGGGAUCGAUACGGCUUUAACUGGACUCUUAGAGAGACUGAGACAGUGAUGGCUUCUGCUCAGCUUUGUAAACUGUGUCACUACGGAGCAUCAUCUGGUAUAAUCACUGCGCACCUUCUAGAUUUGUGUUUGGACCCCAAAACUUUGGAGUGGAUGAAUCUUCACAAUACACUUUUCUCGAGUUGUGUUAAACCUCGUCUUUGGUAUUCACUUGACAAGAAAUCGACGAGAUUAGAAAAUUAUCAUACUUAUUUUCAUAAAAACAGACUCGUUGAGUACUAUAGUUCUCGAUAUCCUCCUCAUGCCUGUCUCGCUGAAUUAACUAAACUAAUGAUGCGGUUGAUCGCGGUUCUCAGGUGGGCGCAAGUGGCAUUUUGCGUUCACCCGAUAUUGAACGCUCUUGCGGAAAAUGAGCCCGACCGUUACGAGAAAGCAGUGGAGCGUUACGAUAACCUUUUCAACCGCCUUCCAAGAUCUGUACAGAAACGGGAAAAUUGGUCUAAUCUCACUGAGCUUCGAAAGCAAGCAGUCGAUAGUGUUACAGAUCUACUUGGGUGGCUCCAAUCUAUGAUUUGGAGUCUUGACGAUAAUAAGGCGAUGCCUGCCAAUAUUGCCAUGUACAACGUAAUUGCGCAGGAAAUGAUGUUUUGGGAGCAGCAAGCAAGUCUUUAAUUAUUUCUCCCUAUGUUUCUUUAAAUUGUAUGUUUUCUAGAUUUUCAGACAUGGAUUUUAGGAUUGUUUCCACUUAAUAACUCUCUUGCAUACUGUUUCAGACAUGGAUGUUAGUUUGAGUAUUAUCGGUCUUGACUUGAGGCAAUGUUUAUUAUGCUGGAAAACUUACAUA